GGAGUAUGUUGCUUAAAGUCACAGAUGGCACUCAAGGAUUUGAAGGGUACCGGAAGUACUUGACAGAGCAUUUCAUGGAGCGCGCAAAAAAGGUAAAGGGCACCUGUCUUGUGGAAAUAUUUUGCGAACUUAAUCUGGAGAUAUAUGACAGAGCCAUCGGAGAAUCCAUCAGCAAACUCGCUUUUGAAGCUGUGGAAACGAUAAUUCAGUCGGGGAAGGGUAAAGAUGCCGACCAUACCUUUAUGACCUUGCGCAGCUCCUCCAUGCGAGGUGAUUCAAGCGCAGCCAAGUACGGAGAACUUUUGUCGAUGUUACUCGCGAAAUCCUGGCCAAAUUCGCGUCGAUCGCAAAUCAAGUCUGGAUUGGAACUUUCGACUGUGAAGUUUCUUCUUACUUGGAACCCAAUGGCUGGAUAUUUCCGUUUCUUUGGUGACAAGUCUGAAAGAGGAAGAAUUUUAACAAAGGAAGGUCAGGAGACUUUGGUAAAAGCGAAAUCUGUGCUGACUGCAGUGUUAGAAAGCAUAUCAAAGGCCACCGUGACUGUUGAAAUCUUAACGCUUUUACGGGAUCACAAGGCAAAGUUUUUGGAGCUCUCAAAAGCAACAUUUACUACGAAGGAAGAAGAUAAAUCUGACUCAGAGCAUAGAGUGCGAAGAAUUCUAGAUGCGCGAAUUGAAGAAUUAGAGGAGUUCUAUACUGUUCGAAAGGAAGUACUUCUUUUUAUUCAUAUGUGUGACCUGAUAAAGCCAGUAAAUGUUGACAAUAUCAAGAAAAAAGCAACUCGAGAUGUCACUUUUCACGAAUUACGUCAAUUAUGCAAACGAAAAUACAACAAGGAAAUUCAGGUCAAGUUCUUGAAAAUGCCACUAGUGAUUAAAGAAGUCUUAACGCCUCUUCACAACGUCCAGGAAAGUUCCACUUUUCAGGAUCUUUGGACACAGUAUGGUAAGAAAGCCCAGACAGUCAGAAAAAAUUGCGAGAAAGAGACGCCUCAUCUUAGUGUCUCCGCAGUGGUUGAACACGUUUGGAAACCAGCUUUCAGUGAGUGGAGCAAACAUGUAAAUGGCGUUGUGGAUGGAACAAUGACUCUAGGAGAUGUUGACAGAGUAUUCACAAGUUUCAAGACCGAGGAGAAAAGACUUGAGAAUGAACUGACCCGCAUGUUUCAACUAAGCCAAACCCAAACUGUGGCAAGGUCCGAGGAAUUUCGAGGUAUAAUCGGUGAACGAAUGACUCAGAUUCAGCGGUACCAACAGCUCUGUCAGUACUUUAAUGCAGCAAAGACCAUCUGGCAAUUUAAGGAGGCUAUGGGCUUUUCUGGGGAUUUUACAGUCAUUCAAGAUUUGCGCAAUCAGUCUUCAGCAGAGUUCAGAGAGAAACCUUUAAACAGCAUAGGGGACAAAUUUAUGGAGGCUAGUGUAGCACUGAAGUCUUUGGAUGUCGAUAAAGAAGAGUGUCUCCGACUUGUGAUAGACAGUAAAGGGCUUGUGGAGUGGCUGCGCACUACUAUUGAAACUACCCGAGAGCUAAAAGUUCUUGUUGACUUGGCUUUGAUCUCAGCUGCUGAAAGCGACAUGGAAACUGACCGUAUAUCCAGUCUUCAUACCAGCUGCUUAGGCUUUGCGCCGUUGAUCUUUGACCUAGUUGAAACUGAAGAAUAUAAAGUGGGUUUUGACCAACUGAUGAAGGCCUGUGUCCCUGUAUGGAAAGCAGUGGAGAUGGAUCAGAUGUUGCCCCAAAAACUGUAUGACACAAGCAGAAACCUGGACUGGUUAAAAAUGGUUAAAGAGUCUCAUGGGUCGGUUGCGAUGACGUCAUUAGUACAAGCUACGACCAUCAACUGCAGUGGUGUAUACGUUGUUGGUCACUUGGGCACCAAAAAGGGUCCGUCACAAGUACAAGAAAAACGACUGUCGUUGAAAGAUGUGAUCCGACUGACGGUUCCCUUGAAGGACGAAAGUGCAAAGGAGCAAGAGAAAACUUACUCUAUCGAUGAAUUGAAGGAUUUGCAGAGUAAACUGAUGUUGAUUGCAGGAAAGGCUGAAAAAGGGAAGGAUGACGUGGAACAGUUUGUGAGGAAUCUUGAAGGUGUCAUGCGUUUGGCGACUGCAUACAUAAACCUCUACGAAUCUGGGUUUGUUCACCUCAUGAAUUGGAACCGAGAAUUUCAGUGUGAAGAUGAUUUCUCGGAGGGGAAAUGUAUCGCAAAGGAUCUGGAAGAUGAGAGCAAAGGCAUGGAGACUUGUUUCUUUAACUGGAAAAAGAAGGUUAGUGAUGCAAGAGAGGAGUUCAGGGAAUUGAAUUUCUUCACAACUAAGCAGUUGAUGAUGCUGAGGAAGGAAAUCGCCACAGUCUGCCAUAGUAGCGGUCUUGAUAUAAGCAAUAUUCAAGUUCUUGCCCUGCUAGAAAGCGUUCGUCCCAACUGUACUAGCGAACAGUUAAAAUCAGCGAUUCAACGUGCUUUCAAGGACACAGAUAUUCUUGAUAACAUUAAAGGAACAGCUGAGCUGCCAACGUUCUCUUCCGUUCCUCUGCAAUAUGAGAUGGUAACUCGCAGGUCAGUGUUUGAAAAGGUGAGUUCCUCUACAGGAAUCAGUACAUUUCCAGUCCAAGUUGCGUCUGGUAAGAAGCCAAAGACUAGGAAAACAUCAAAGAUUCAAAGUUUCUUGAACGCGGCUGCCGAUAAAGGUUUUUCGGAACAAAUCGCACUGGCUGCUAUGGCGAGUCUGGGUGUUGAUGCAGAAGAGGAUGACUUACUGAUUUGGUGUUUGGAUGAUGCCGACGAGGCCGACCUUGAGGCUCUAUACGAAGAUGCGAAGCAAAACCCUAUCAUUGCGCGAGCGGUCUUCUCUAAAGCAGUUGAUUCUGCUGAUCAGGGGUUGCAAGCAGAAGAUCUAAGUGCAAACGAAAGCGAGUCAGACAUGUCACUCGAGUCGUCAUCGAAGCUCAUUGAAAAAGACCUUGUCGAUCAGAAAACGAGUAGGGACGAAGAGACAGAGAUCAGUCAGUAUCUUACACUCACACAGCUGGGAAACAUACUCAGGGAGCUUUCAGUGAAAGGGAAACAGACGACAAACCGCACCUUUCCAGGAUUCUUGAAAAGAGGACGACCCAACCUCAUGCUCGCUCCAAAAGGUGACAUUCUUGCGACUGUCCUCGCCCUGUAUAUGCAUGACAAGCAACAGCCGUUGCCAAGUCAUGAAGAGGUGCUCCUUUGCACUCCUGAAACCACUGCAGAAGAGAUCGAGCUGCUAUGGAGACGUGCAGUAGGGGAAUUGGAAGGUCGAUUUUACUGUCUUGUUCAUGCAGAUCUGUUGGAAUUUUCCGUUAGUAAACAAGCAGUUGACAUGCUGAGUGUGGUGACGCAGGGACUUGCUAGAAAGAAUGGAGAACAUUAUGGCCUGGUAAUAAUCUGUAGUAGUGAGAAUGAAGGCCGCGCCAAUAUAGUAGCAGCUCUUGAACAGUGUCGUGUUGCUGCCCCACCUUGUCCUUCGCCAGAUGACCUCAAAAGCUACCUUAAGCAUCAGCUCCGAGCUCCUUCUUCUCAGCAAGGAUACAUCGGAAGCAGUAAGAUUAGAUGGACUGCAGCUGGAUGUUUAGAUCCAGAAAGCCUCUGUGUCCGAGUUGUCUCAUCGAAUCGAGGAGGCAUGGGAAAGACUCUGUUUGUUCGUCGCUUAACAGAACAGCUGCCUGACCUUGAGAACAAUGACUUGAUUAUGACAAAUUUGCGCGGCCAAGACUCAAAAACAUUGCUGCAUGUGACUGUACCCCUCCAUGGGAAUUCCACAGACUCAUCAAUGGUUGCAGAUGCGCUUCUGUCGCACGCAGUCAAGGCCAAUGUACCGCUCUCCCGGAUUUUUCAUCUGGAUGUAUCGCCUUCGAUGAGACGUGGUCUGGACACACUUCUCUUUAAUUUACUUGUUCUUGGGUACCUUUGUGACAAGAUGGGAAGAGUAUGGAGAAGAAGAAGCACAGACUUGUACGUCAUUGAGAUUACGACAGCUGCUCCCCUACCCAUGGGGUUCACGAAGGAAGAAGAAUUUGAAAAUCAAGGGAGUACAUCCGGAAGAUCCGCUUUAUCGAAGCUACCUUUCUACGAUCUAUUACCCACUAUUCACUGUGAUACACCAAGAAAUGUUCUGUGCCGUUUAACAGAUACUCCAGAUCCAAGCGACUGCAAUCCUUUAUUCGAUAUCAAGGAAUUUAGAAACGCACCAUUCCAGAGGGUCUACCAAUAUCUUAAGCUGUCGAAGGAAGGGCAAAGUCUGGACAAUUUCACAUUCUUUGCGGGAAAUGUUGAUGAUGAUCGAAAGACAUGCCUUUUGCUCCUUCUUAGAAACUGUGGCAUUACCGAGCCUUCUUGGUCGGAGAUUCGUCAUUUCGUGAGUUUCUUGAACUCACAGCUUCGAGACUGUGAAGAAAGUUUUUACUGUGACAUGAAGUUGAUGAGGACUGUUCUGGCCGGGCAAAAUGUGCUGAAUCUUGAAGGUUUCCGGUCGUUCGUUGUGCGCUUUAUGAUACAAAUGUCAAGGGAUUUUGCUACCCCCUCUUUAACGGAAGAGAACACUGUGUUUUACACGGUAGACAACGAAGAACUUAAAAGAAAAGAGAUCGAACAGUUUCAGCUCAGAAGACAGUGGGAAAGCAGUCCUCAUCCAUACCUAUUCUUUAACCAAGACCACAUCACUCUGACUUUUCUUGGUUUCUUCAUCAAUUCUGCUGGUGACCUUGUUGACCCUCAAACGGGCCAGACUUUGGAGAGAGGUUUGAUGUCCAAACAUUUACGUAAUGGACUGCAUGCCCAGCGUGUCGAUUUUACAACAAACAUUGAGACCUCGAAGAAAAAGGAUAAGAUAAAUCAGUUAUGUUCUGUGAUGGGUGUAAAGUGGUCGCACGAUCCAGACAGUGCCUAUGAACUUACGAUAGACAAUGUUAAGAAGAUUCUGGCCAUUCAUAUGAGAUUCAGAUGCAACAUUCCUGUGAUCGUCAUGGGUGAGACAGGCUGUGGUAAGACCCGCCUCAUACGUUACAUGUGUGGUUUACAAGCAGGCCCCAAGGGACCCCGGAACAUGCUUCACCUCAAGGUUCAUGGUGGUACAACAUACGAAGACAUCGAGCUUAAAGUUCACCAAGCAGAAGAUAUGGCUCUUGUAAAUCAAGACAAGAAUAUUGACACGGUUCUUUUCUUUGAUGAGGCUAACACUACUGAAGCACUGACCAUGAUCAAAGAGGUUAUGGUGGACCGAAGAGUCAAUGGUCAAGCUAUUGGACAAGGCUUACAAAGGCUGCAGUUUAUUGCUGCCUGUAAUCCUUACAGAAGACACACGGAUGACAUGAUUCACAAACUUGAGUCAGCAGGGCUUGGAUAUCGUGUGAAUGCAGAUGAAACAGAAGAUCGGCUUGGUCAUAUUCCAUUACGUCAUCUUGUGUACCGUGUGCACGCCCUCCCAGGAAGCAUGCGCCCUUUGAUAUGGGAUUUUGGCCAGUUGAAACCCGAUGUUGAGAGACUGUACACUAAUCAAAUUGUCCACCGCUACAUUAUCCGUGAAAAUCAAUUACCAGGAGACUCGUCGACAGUGGAGGCAGUUGCGGAGGUUCUGGCAGCUUCGCAGAUAUAUAUGAGAAAUCAAUCGGACGAAUGUAGCUUUGUUAGUCUUCGUGAUGUUGAGAGAGCCAUGCAGGUGAUGGUCUGGUUUUAUGAGCACAUGGAUACGCUUGGUGAAUCAAUGGACAAGGUGAUAGCUGAUGAGACCAUAAGUCCUCUCACCCGUGCCCUGGUACUCGCUAUUGGUGUCUGCUAUCACGCUCAGCUACAGAAGCGGCGGGAAGGAUAUCGUGAAGUAGUGGCAAAGAGCUUUAAGGCACCAUGUUUACUUCCAGGUGGUCAGGAGCAAAUCCUCCGUGAAAUUUCAAGUUGCCAAAAAGCUGUGUUAAACGAUUUGGAACUCGGCCCUAACAUUGCUCGCAAUACAGCCUUGACCGAGAAUGUGUUCAUGAUGGUAGUGUGCAUUGAGCUCAGGAUCCCACUAUUUGUGGUUGGAAAACCAGGCAGCUCCAAAUCAUUGGCCAAGACAGUUGUUGCAUAUAACAUGCAAGGCGAUGCUGCAAGAUCGCCUUUAUUCAAGACCUUCAAGCAGGUCCAUAUGGCAUCAUAUCAGUGCAGUCCUCUUUCAACCCCUGAGGGUAUCGUGGCGACUUUCAAGCAGUGCAGCAAGUUACAGGAAGGAAAAAACCCAGACAAGUUUGUUUCAGUUGUAGUCCUUGAUGAGGUUGGCCUGGCUGAAGAUUCUCCUCUCAUGCCCCUAAAAACCCUACAUCCAUUGCUCGAGGAAGGUGUCACCUCUGCUGAUGACGUUAUUGAGACUGACGAGAAACCACAGCGUGUAGCUUUCAUUGGAAUCUCAAAUUGGGCCUUGGAUCCUGCCAAAAUGAACCGUGGAAUCAUGUUGUCGCGUGGGGUGCCCGAAAAAGACGAACUUGUGGACAGUGCAAUGGGAAUCUGUUCAACGGAUGAAGGGGUGAAAAAUCUUAUUCAACCCCUCAUAUCUCCAUUGGCCGAUGGAUACGUAGAACUUUACAUGGAACAGAAGAAUUUUGCAACUUUAAAGAAAUGGGGCAAGGAAGAAUUUUUCGGCCUCCGUGACUUUUAUAGCCUUAUCAAAAUGGUGUACUCGAUCGCCGCAAAGUCUAACCGUAGACCUCGUUGGCACGAACUAGAACAUGCCAUCAAGAGGAACUUUGGUGGCCUGAUCGAAGGAGACCCUGUGGAGAUAUUUAAACGGUACUAUCCCGAGACAGAUGAUGAUGUUGCAAAAACCUGUACGACCUUAAGAUUAAUCGAGGCAAGUCUUGGAAGGGAAGACGUGGCUGAUCGAGCUAAUUUCAGUGAGAACCGUUAUCUCCUGAUAUUGACUGAAAACUAUGCCGCCCUACCCAUCAUACAACAGCAUCUUUUGAAGAAAUCAGAUGAUGCUGUUGUGAUCUUCGGAAGCAGUUUUCCAAAUGACCAGGAAUACACUCAGAUUUGCCGCAACAUCAAUCGUAUUAAGGUCUGUAUGGAGACAGGAAGAACCGUGAUCUUGUUGAACCUUGAGAGUCUUUACGAGAGUCUUUACGAUGCCUUAAAUCAGUACUAUGUGUACUUUGGAGGACAGAAGUAUGUGGACCUUGGGCUUGGUACUCACCGCGUUAAGUGUCGGGUCCAUGACGAUUUCCAGUUGAUAGUGAUUGCCGAAAAGGAUGUGGUGUACAAAACGUUUCCUAUACCGCUGAUUAACCGUUUAGAGAAACACUUCCUUGUCACAUUAACAAGUUUGACUCCUAAACAGAGGGAUGUAGUUCAGAAAAUGACUGGCUGGGCUCGUGAGUUUUCUGAAGUUUCGAGAGAAAGCAUACCUAACAGGGAUUUCUCCAUCUGGGACGCUUUCGUUGGAUUCCACAAUGACACAAUUCCCUCCCUUGUGAUGCAAGUCUGCAGCGAAAUUGAAAGAGAAGACAAUUCAUCAGCCAGUGAUGACACAGCGGAUACAUGGGAAAUGAAAGUUUUUCGAAGAUGUCAGAUGGUGCUUCUGGAGAUGGCUACACCUGAUGCAAUCGCUCGUCUUCCACACACUACUCUUGGAGGACGCGCUCCUUCCAUCUGGAAUGUCUACUUCAAAGAGCAACAACACUCGAGUCUGGCAGCGUUCAUGUCGCACGUGCUUACUUUGGAAGAUAAUAAUCCAGAUGAAAGGCGUAAGGAGGGGCUCUCAAUUCAGGUAACUACCCAUUCACGUCUGCUCUCCAACAACGAUUUGGAUGAAAUAUGUAUUAAAACUGAUUUUGGACAUUCGACUGUGGCUUUAAUGACACUGCAACAAUUCCAAACGGAGCAGCAGUUUAGAGCUUCGGUUAGGGAUUUUUUUAAGCGUCUGGGCGGAAAUUGUCGUGGCAUUCUUGUGGUCCAGUGUGAUUCGGGUGAUGAGAAUUUCAACUUGAUUGCGGGCGCAAGACACAUUCUAUUAGAGGAACGAACAAAUGCACCUGAAAUACUCAAUUUGCCUUCGGUGGAAGCUGUCCACAUUGUCUUGAUUGCACAGCUGCCAAGAAUUGUCGGUGGAUGUCGUAACUUUGUCGCUUUCCAAGGUGGAAAAUGGAUGUCCGCUCACAUUGAUGAGCUUCGGCUACCUGGUAGACACACUCCUUCCAUUGGGCAACUUAUUGAUCGUCCUAUCAGCGAGCUGUUCAGCUGCAGAAGUGAAGACCACACGCAAGCCAUGGCAGUGGAGCUCCUACGUAACUGUGUGCAGGCGGCUGCUUGUAGAGUUGGUAGCGAAACACAAUCACCCGAACGGUCAACGCAAAGGAUCGAGCUGCUUUUGCAUAUACUACCGGAUGACUAUAAUCAAGGUCAGGAAGAUGAAGAUUCAUUUGGAAGCGUGCUGGUACGAAGAACAUACCUUCUUUUGAAGGAAAAAGAGUCUACAGCCCUCAAUGCACAAGGAUGGUUCCACUCAGAAGCUCUCUCUGGAACUGGGGUGCUAGAGUGGGGUACCUUUAGAAAAGCUCUUUUGCAGAGAAUAUACUCAGUGGUGGUGCCCAUUUUGGCUGAGAUAAUCGCAUUUGCAGACAAGAACAUGAACUUGGACUUGGCGAGGAGUGACAAACCUUGGAUUUCAAAGCUGUGGUUGAAGAUCUUAGCUGACCCUACCAUUUCAGAGCUGACUUACAGCGAAAUGGUAUCACCUGGUACUGAUUCAGUGUGGGAACGUGUUCAAGUCAUUGGUUCUGGAGCUGGUGGUCACAAGUUCUGCUGCCGGUUUCCAUUUUCUUUCAUUAUAAUGCAAGACGUGGAGAAAAUGGUCAAGGAAGCGUCUAGCGCCUUAGCUGAAUCUCGUUCUAAGACUACCUUGUUGGCAGCUUUACGUGAUAUGAUCGACAAUUCACAAUUUGGACUUCUCUUCAAGGAAUUACGCCAUGAAGACUCUGGUGCCAUACAAUACCUGAUGGAUUUCGUACACAUGGUGUACAAACCUUCGAGCGAAAGCGAACACCAGUUUGUUUACGAAGCGAUUCUUUCGUCUGCGAGAGAACUUGGUACUCUGGAAGAUGAGACCGGUAACAAGUCGAUUGACAUAGCUCUCGUUCAUGUCGCACACAGUAGAGUUCAACACCGUUUGAAGUAUUUUGAUGCACUCGUCAAAACGAAUCCAGGUCUUGUCACGAGACUACGUGAGGUACUUCAAGAAAAAAAGUCAGAAGUGCUUUUAGAUGUGGCAGCACUGCAAAUUUGUCUAAAGGCACUUGAGCCAUCACGAGAGAUGUUGCUUUCUCCAGACACACGACGAACUUGGUGUAACAGAGUUUUGUCCAUAAGGCCAGUGGUGGAAGACAUGAUCAGGAAGGAGAGGUUCGGACCUGUCACGGAAAAAUGUUCAAACUAUGGAGAGGAAUCAAAAGUAAUGCUUGUUCACUGCAGGUCCAUGUGGCAGCGAACAGGAGCCGUCAGACUCUUUGUGGAGCACUUGACUUUGUUCGCCGAAGAAGAUGGAAAAGCUAAUUCUGAGAACGUAAUUAAGCUAUGGAAGGCUUUGGGGGAUGAAACAGACUUUUCUUCGCUACGAUCGCUGCAGGACUUGGAAAAAUUCUUAAUCAACUACAGUAAAGACGUCAGGCAGAGGACCAAUGAAAAGACGGCAACCGAGCUACGCCGCCGAUGUAAGGCCUUUUUCAUGGAGCUGGUCUCAAUAUUCUGUUUUGGUGACUCGGUGUCAAAGGACCUUGAACAGGAAGCUAUUACUCUACUUAUGUGUUAUGUUAUCGGUCAUCAGUCAAGUCAGACAAAGGAUUUCUCUCCAUUCCCCGAUCAUGCUAUUGACCCCACCCCUGUGGUGCGUUCAUUUCUUCUCCAGUUGUUACUACGUUCAAGUACAGAGUCGGUGAAAAAACAUUUGGAAGAUUUCUUGAAAGGGGCUAAGGACUUAAAGCGAGAACCUUCACACAUCAAGGAAGUCUGCUUUUUGUAUGUUCAGUGCAGGGAAGACAUAUUUGUAAGCCAAUAUCAAUCCAAGGUGGCGGAUUGGAAGUUGACAUUAAGACUCAAACAUGCCACAAAGAAAUGUGAAGAGGCAGUCAGAGAUCUUACGGCCACUGACGAGGAUUCAGCCGAAAUGAGCGAUGUUUCCCUGGAAGGGGUUGCCAAGGGACGUUACUCCUUAUCAUUGGUUGUAGAGCUCCUUUAUAAGUUGUUUAUCGAGGGAGACAGCUACAAGGACGAAAAAGACAAGAGAGAAGUAACGAAGCUAUUUGAGUCUGCAAAGAGGCUUUGCAAAGGGUUGUCGUCUUCCACACCACACCUCUAUCUGCUUAAACAGCUUGUCAGACGGCAUGGCUUGGACUGUGUACGGACCCUGGACGAAUAUGAGGAAUUGGAGUGGAUUCUACCUCUAGAUGCUCGACAGCAGGAGGAAGUGAUCCAAGACAGGUUUCUUGUUCAUGGAGACCCUUACUGUGCCGUCCGUGAGGGAUUGAUCAAAACUGUCAUCAGUGGGAACAUCCAAGACAUCGCCUCUGCCAUUACGGAAACUAGAUCACAAGUUGUUUACAAAAAUGUACUUCUCCUCCUUGUAAUGUACCGUGAAAUAACAAUGGCAAAUAUUUCACCAGUUCAGGCACAGAAUUUGUCCCAGGAGAUGAGGGAAAAGCUUGAUGAUUUCUUAACAAAUGGAGGAUACUUAUCUGAAACGGCCCAACCUUUCGCCAAAGAACUUCUUUGGAAUAAUCAAGGUGGACAUCUCCAGGAACUUAAAAUCUACAAUGGUAAAAGCCCACAGGAGCACACCUUGGCCGAAAUUGUGAUUCACACAGCAGUAGCUUUACAGUGCGUUGGCUCAGGAUCCUUGGCUCAACCUCUGUACACCCUCAUGACAGAUCCAACAACCAUGAACAAUUCGUUUCUACCAACGAUGCCUGAGGAUAACUAUCUCGAGUGCAUUAACGCCAUUGCUGAAACUAUGAAGGGAACCAAGUGGGUUGGAGAGUGGUAUGAGUGCAGCAAUCUUAAAUGCAGACAUCCGUAUUUCAUUGGGGAGUGCUCGAAACCAAUGGAAAAGAGUACCUGUCCAGACUGUGGAAGGCUAUUAGGAGGAGAGCAGCACAAGUUUUCAGAACAAUCUAAAGUUUCUAUCAGGGAAGACAGGACGAAGACCGGUCACGCCCUCGGAGAACCUGGUUCUAGAUCCACUCAUGCUGAACCGCAGAGAGAUAUGCCACCGAUAGUGUGCAGUCUCUUGAGGAUUAUCAUGCACUCGGCUAUGGUCAUGGGAGCAUCCAGAAAUCCCCAGGCAAUCUCUGAGCUGUUCGCACCUCCAUGCCCGUCUCGUUCUGUGGAAUCUGUGGGACAGUUCUUGUGGCAGCACUUGCAGAGAGACCUUGAUGUUCUCGGCCGAGCACUGGGGUGCAGUGUUGAUGACGCAGCCCUUACAGUUCAUUUAGCGUUGCAAAGAAUGAUCUUACUAAAUGGAGGACGAGCUGCAAAAGCCCAUCAUGACAUGCGACUUCAAACACGGAGAAGUCGCCGCAGCUGGGAAAAAGAUUUUUGCUCUAAGAUUCUUGUUCCUGUCAUCACCCGUCUUGACGAGAGACUACAGAAUGCCUUAAAACUUUUGAUGGAAGACGAGAAAUUUGGAAGGGAUCCGUUGGUGCGUCAACUUUACGAGUUUGAUGAACAGGAGGAAGACUUGUCUGAAGGCGUCAGGCCCAUGUCUCGCGCUCUUUGGAAGUACAGACAGCAUAUUACUAUAGAGGGCUUAAGUAGCUCUUUUCAAAGAGAAGUCCUUUCUGGUGGCGAACAGGAAUACAAAGUGCUAGAAGCUUUCCUUAAACAGGAACACAAAUUACGCUUCGUUCAGUUUCUACCCGAUGUGAUUCGUCUCCAGCGUCUUUUGCUGGACAGAUUCCACCGACGAAUAGACAAAACAGAAGCCGAAAAGUAUACCAUCAGCGCUUUUCUCAAUCAUCUUUGUGAAGAGUCUCUUAAAGAGGAGUAUACCAGUCUGUUCCACAGUUUCAAGUAUGCUUGGAAUUCUUGCAAGUCAUUUCUCGGUGACCAAGGUCGCUUAAGUGUUCCACAAGACCUUUGUAAUACCCCAAUGGACAACGACUGUGCAAUCGCAAUGGUUCUCCCCUGCGCCACUGGUUUGGGAGUUUGUUCGACGUCGCUCACUUACUUUUUGGUUAAUGCCAAUAACGAGUCUCUGGGAGCCUACCGUAGUGCAGCUAAUCAAGAUAGCCCCUUAGAGCGCAUUGCUGUAUCAGAGGCGACCUUGUCCCACUUGAUAGCCUAUGAUCCUGAGAGGGACCUGCUGCCCCUCAUCCUGACACAUUGUAACUACUCUUUGGAGGUGGGACAGGAGACUUUAGUCCACUAUGAUUGGGCGGCUCUGGAGAGACAGUUGAUUGACAGGUUGUUUAGGGGAAGGCCUUUUAUCGAGUUUAAGGAGGAGCGUUUUGUGUUCAGCCGAGACACCCGAGACGAGGCUGUGUUCUCUUCCCUUGCUGGAAAAAUUCCUCAAGAGUCAAUUUCCCGCGUCAUUGAGAGCCAGAUUAUUGUCGAUCUGCGGUCUUCAUUGCCUGAUGUCUGCAGUGUCAUGUCGUCACUGGAUAUUGCUAUUGGUUUUCUUGCCUCAUCGGGUGGCCAGUCGAAGAAGCCUUUAAAAUUGUACUUACACGAAGUUCUUAAGCUACCCAAAGAUCGAGGUCUCAAGAGUCCAACAGCAGAGCAGCACUGCAACUUGUCUCAUACCGUGGCAUUAUGGCGGCUUAUGGCUCUCGAGAGAGCAAAAAUCAAUUCCAGGAACGAACAGGAGCCUUUUGAGCAACUGUCUGACGCUUUCAAGAAAAAACUUAGCACCAAAGAACAGACUACCCUAAGUCGUGUGUUGAGAAAAAUCGACAUGGACAUAUUUCUGCCACAGCUCCUGCAGAUUAUUCUUCUCAAUGUCAAAAAGGAUGGCGAAACGAUCUCAACGAUGAGCUUUGGAGAGUACUUGGAUUUAUGUUUUCCCGAAAGAGGCUUGGAACAAAUCCCUGGAGCGGCGAACAUUCCGGACUGCAUCAAAAUGAUGCACCUAAAAGCAGUUUGGAAUGCUGCUGUCCAUUUAAGUGACGACUUCCACAGAGAUCGUCAAGCUCAAGCCACCGGUGCAAACUUUUAAAAGAAGCGUCUUUUUCAGUCAGUUAGGUACUGAAAAUUUCAAAAACAAAUGGGAGAUGUUAGGAUGUAGACUAGUAUGCCAAAAUUUCAUAACACUUGACAACAAAUUCAAUAAUUUGAAAAUUUUGGAAUUGAAUAAAUGGUGCCAUAUUUGUAGCUAUAUAUGUGCCUUAGUCAAUGAUGAUUCAUCAAACAUAAUCGCUGAUAGUAUUUUGUUAAUAUUCAGAGGUAGCCAGUUGGUUGUGCUUCAUAUACUUACCGCUGUCUUAACUUGGUUCUCAGAAAGAAUCUCCCCCUCUUACUCACACCAAAAACACGCGGAAUAAAAAUUUGAGAAAUUGACAGCAGGAAUAAGUGAAAGCUUUUAGUUAUCUGAAGUUUAUCAUGCAUGGCGAAUGGCAGUGACUAGUGUUAUUAUUUAGUUUUCCAAAGUAUUUUUUUAGAGAGCUAAAAGAUAAGGCAAAAUGCCGCAUCGUAGGACAAUAUUAAUAUGACAUGCAAGCUUGGAACGAAUCUUGAACUGGUGCUUAGUGUAGAAAAGUUUCCAAUCCAUUAAACGAUCGCAUAAAUUGGU